UCCCGCUCUGAUGGUAAAAACAUUGUUUACUGUUUAGCUCUGGAAAACCAAGACGCAUUAAGUGCCAAAAUGUCCAGUAAUUGGAUAAAGAAGGAGCCCUCCAUCUGCUAUAGGGAAAAUAUAAAGGUUGAGCCACUCGAGGAUGUGAGUGUAGUCAAUGAUGAUCGGAAGGACUCUCUCUGGCGGCGUCGUGUGAAAUCCGAACCCCCUGAAGAUAAGCCCUGCAUCUCGUCACAGGUAAAAAAAAAGAUAAAACAAAAAAAUCAAAUCUUAGAUGCAGUAAAGACGAAGAGAGAUAAGUCCAGGCGCGCCGAGGCCAGGGCCAGGAAAAAACUAAGAAGGCAGGCGAAAGCGGCAGGAUCAACGGAUCCCAAGAGUGCGGUUAAAAAGUCGAAGAAGCGUACAAAGCAAAAGCAACAGGCACUUAAGAAGGCGAGUGCCCCUAAGAAGCCAAAGGGCCCAGGUCCUUCUAAUGCUGGCCAGCCCAAUGGGGCAACGCAUGACAACCUGACGAUGGCCCUGGUGGACGAACUCCACGAAGACGGCCGUCUGCUCUACGAAAAGUGGGAGGAGAUCGAGACCAGACUGGCCCACAUGGUGACUGACAGAGUCAUGGCCAAGCCAGGGGGUCCCGUCCCGUCCUUCGACUCAUCCGAUGUGAUCCGAGGCCACCGAGUGAUUAGGUGCGCCGACGGCUAUUCAAAGAUAUUCCUAGAGGCGUGCGUUGUCACCAUAGGCGACUUGUGGGAUGGCCUGCGCAUCAGGCUCGUCCAUGUCAGCGACAUUCCGUGGCGGCCCCAAGCGCGCAUUUGGUUGCCCCAUGGUCAAACGGACCACAACCGCAUCCUGAUCUGCUUGAGAGCGCAGAACCUAGACGUCGACAUGUCCGACUGGUCCAUCCUGAGGGCGGAGGAUAUUUGGAAGACGAGUCAGGCUUUCCUGCUCCUCAUCAACCGAAGGUGUCUCCCGCAACUGGAAGCACUGGAAUACAAGGUUCGCUACGGCAUAAGAAUGGCCAGAAUCGAAGUAUAUUUAAGCGAAACAGCCGUGUUGCCAAAGGAGGAAGAGACGUGAAGACGUCGUAGAAGAAGAUUUUCCGCGCUCCAGUACAUUUCGCCAUUUUUCUUAAGAAACAAGAAAUCCUCAGGCUUAAAGCCAUGUUCAUUAGCAUACAGAAAGAUUUAAAAAAACAAUAAUCUAAUAAAUGUACAGAUGGUAUUAGAUUCGAA